AUGGCAGCCUUUUUGAAACUUGGGGGCUACGUUUUCGUCUUCUCCUUGUCGUUCUUAGCGACAUGGGCUCCACAGAGUAGAGCAAAUGUUGAUAUCUACGACAAGUACUGGACACAGCGUCGAGAAGAUUCGUUGAAACAAACUAUGGCAUCUUACGAUCCUAAUCCGCUUAACGUUACCGACAACUUUAAUCACCACGUCUCUUUAGCUGUUGACGCCACGGAAUCAACCAACGCAACAAGGAGAGAGCUUUUGCAGGUGAAAAGUGGUCGGAAAAAUCAAAAACACAGCGGAAAAUGCGUAGCUUAUAACCCGAUAGACAAAUGCUGGCGAUGCGACAACAACUGGGAGAAAAACCGGAAGAAACUAGCGGACUGCGUUCUCGGAUUCGGACGGAGAACCACCGGAGGAAAAGACGGACCGAUCUACGUAGUCAACGACGCGUCCGAUGACGAUCUUGUCAACCCUAAACCAGGAACCUUAAGGUACGCGGUGACCAGAACCGGACCGCUUUGGAUCAUAUUCGCAAGAAGCAUGGUCAUUAAACUGCAACAAGAACUGAUGAUAACGAGCGACAAAACGAUCGAUGGAAGAGGAGCCAAGGUUUACAUCAUGGAAGGUGCUGGAUUAACGCUGCAGUAUGUGAACAAUGUGAUCAUACACAAUAUCUAUAUCAGGCACAUUAUUCCUGGGAACGGUGGUUUGCUUAGAGACUCUGAGCAACACAUAGGGCUCAGGACAAAAAGCGAUGGUGAUGGUAUCAGUUUGUUUGGAGCAACCAAUGUUUGGAUCGACCAUGUUUCGAUGACCAAAUGUGCAGAUGGUAUGAUCGAUGCCAUUGACGGCUCCACCGCAGUAACUAUUUCCAACAGUCAUUUCACCGACCACCAAGAGGUGAUGCUUUUUGGGGCGAAUGACAAACACGUGAUCGACAAGAAAAUGCAGAUAACGGUUGCGUUUAACCACUUUGGUAAGAGAUUGCAACAGAGGAUGCCUCGUUGCAGAUUCGGACUGAUCCACGUGGUGAACAAUGACUACACACAUUGGGAAAUGUAUGCCAUUGGUGGAAACAUGAACCCUACGAUCAUUAGUCAGGGAAAUCGUUUCAUUGCUCCUCCUAACGAGGAAGCCAAACAGAUCACGAAGAGAGAGUACACGCCUUACGCUGACUGGAAAUCUUGGAACUGGCAAUCAGAAGGAGAUUACUUCAUCAAUGGAGCUUAUUUUGUGGAAUCAGGAAAACCAAACGCGUGGAGCCCUAAACCGAAAAACCCCAUCCCAAACAAGUUUGCCAUUCGACCGAAACCGGGAACUAUGGUCCGUAAACUCACCAUGGACGCAGGAGCACUUGGCUGCAAACCUGGUCAAGAAUGCUGA